UGAUUUCAGUCUAUAAAUUCCUGUAAUUAAUCUAUUUAUUCUUGUUAAUGGUUCUUUUUAGUUAUUAUUAUUACUUAAUAGUUAUCGCGUAUUUUUUUUUUACUUUUUUUAUCACAGUGUCACGGAUUUGCUAAGUAUUUUAAGUUCUUACCAAAUCACAUUGUUUCAAAAUAGUAUUUAAUCCUACUCUAAGUUGUUUAUAAUGGAAUCAUUGGAACAGUUAUCUUGUGAUAAUUUAGAACUCGUGCAUGUAAAAAGAGAUUCUAUUAGCAGUAAUGUAAUUAACAUUAACAGAAACAAAAUCGAAGCUAUUCCUAAAACUAAUCAACCAAGAGAAUUACAAGAUCUAACAGGUUUAACUGUAUAUGAUGUAAAACAUUUUGAGCAAGAAGUUUUACAACAAGUUACCAAUGAAGUAGAUAGUAAAAUUAUUAACAAUAUUCAUGAGAUUCCAAUGACAUUAAGAGUUCUAGGAACUAAAGAAACUGAGAAUGAAAGAAAAAUUAGAACAGGAGAAAUGACACCAUUUGGUUCUACAGAUGUUUUCCAAAUGAAAACUAAAAGCUCUGAAGAUAUGUUGCAAAAGUAUUUGUCAUCUCAAUCUAAACUUUCAGCCCUAGUACAUAAACCAAAAAAUAAAGUUUUAAAUACAAAAGUGUUAAAAUCUAAUUUGAAUAAUAAAGAAUCAAUUGAAAAACCAACAAAAUUAUCUAACAAAGGAUCUGGAAGUGAAUAUUUUCCAUCAACAGAUUCCGAAAAUGAUUCAGAUACUGGUAAAAUCAAAAGUAAAAAAAAAUCUAAUUACUCUCACAGAAAACGAAAACUUUCCAAUGAUGAUUAUUCUAAUGGCUCGGAUGAUGAGUAUUUUGAUAUAAGAAAUUGUUCAAGUCAAUAUAAAACCUUAGAUGAUGGUAUAGAAGAAGAUUAUCAGUAUCGUUUAAGAGAGUAUGAAAAAUGUAAUCCUGAAAUUGCAACUGAUAAUGAGGAUGUAUUUCAUUGUAUUGAUGGAGACUAUUUUAAAGUACCUAAAGAAAUUUGGAAUAGUUUAUACAAGUACCAAAGAAUUGGGAUCAAAUGGUUAUGGGAGUUACAUCAACAAGGCUCUGGUGGUAUUUUAGGAGAUGAAAUGGGUUUGGGGAAAACUGUUCAGAUGAUAGUAUUUCUUGGUGCACUUUAUUGGAGUCGUUUAAAAGACAAAAUUACUGGUAUUCGUGGUUUAGGCCCUAGUUUAAUUGUUUGUCCAGCCACAUUAAUGCAUCAGUGGGUAGAUGAAUUUCAUAAAUGGUGUCCGCCUAUACGAAUUUGUGUUUUACAUGAUACUGGUGCUUAUAAAGGAAAAUCAUUUAAUCUAAUAAAAGAAGUAUGGUCUUCCAAAGGAAUUUUAAUUACCACAUACAACGGUUUGCUCCAACAUAUUGAUAAUUUGUUAAAAUAUGACUGGCAUUAUGUUAUUUUAGAUGAAGGUCAUAAAAUUAGAAAUCCUGAUUCCAAAAUAACAGUAGCAGCGAAACAAUUAAAAUCUAGCCAUAGAAUAAUUAUAUCUGGUUCACCAAUCCAAAAUCAUUUAAAAGAAUUAUGGUCAUUGUUUGAUUUUAUUUUUCCUAGUAAAUUAGGAACUUUACCUGUAUUUAUUAAAAGUUUUGCUGUUCCAAUCACUCAAGGAGGUUAUGCUAAUGCUACUGAAUUACAAAUAACUACAGCUUAUAAAUGUGCAACAAUACUUAAAGAUACAAUAACUCCAUAUUUAUUAAGACGUAUGAAAACUGAUAUACAGUCACAUAUAUCUCUACCUGACAAAAAUGAGCAAAUACUUUUUUGUCGCUUAACUGAUGAACAAAAGUCAUUGUAUCGAGGAUUUCUUGAAAAUUCAGGUAUAAUACCUGAAAUUAUGAAUGGAAAUUGUAAAGUAUUUGUAGGCAUAACUCGAUUAAGAACUAUCUGUAAUCAUCCUGAUAUUUUCCAGGAAAAUCUUGAAACAGGUCCUUAUGGUUAUUGGAAAAAAUCGGGUAAAAUGAUUGUUGUUGAAGCAUUACUUAAAAUGUGGAAAAAACAAGGUCAUCGAGUACUACUAUUUACUCAAAGUGUAAAGAUGCUAAAUAUUUUUCAAAAAUUUGUAACUGAGCAAAAUUACUCCUACUUGAAAUUAGAAGGUGGUACAUCCAUUGGUUCUCGUCAACCUAUUAUAAACAAGUUUAAUAAAGACCAGUCAAUUUUUGUAAUGAUUUUAACCACAAAGGUUGGUGGCUUAGGUGUUAACCUUAUUGGAGCUGAUCGUGUUAUUAUAUUUGAUCCUGAUUGGAACCCAGCUACUGAUUUACAAGCUAGAGAACGUGCAUGGAGAAUUGGACAGUCAAAUCCAGUUACUAUUUAUAGAUUACUUACUGCUGGAACUAUAGAAGAAAAGAUGUAUCAUCGACAAAUAUUCAAACAGUUUUUAAGUAAUAAAGUAUUAGUAGAUCCUAAACAACGAAGGUUUUUCAAGUCGAAUUAUUUAUAUGAAUUAUUUACACUUCAAGAUGUAGACAGUAAUGGUUUGAUUGAAACAACAGACUUAUUUGCUGGAACAGGAUCAGAAAUUAAUGUACAAAAAAUUAUGGCAGCUCGACGUAAAAGGAAAAAAUCUAAAAAAACAUUAAUAAAUUGUUCAUUUUCUGAUGAUAAAAUUGAAGCAAUGAAACAAAAAGCAAAAGAACUUAGCAAAAUUAUUGUCCAAAAAUCAAAAACUGCUAUGAAUCAACAAAAAACGCAAUUAAAUUCAUGUCCUAUCAAUGAAAAUAUUUCUAAAAUUGAUAUUGUAUCAGAACAAAAUGAUACUAAACCAUUUCAAAAUAAUUAUCCAUGUUAUGAUAAAACAAAUGAUGAAUUUAUGAAUAUUCCAUCUUGUAGUAGAAGUUCAACUGAAGUAACAUUACCAGAAAUAAAUAUAUCUUCUGAAAAAGCAAAUAAUAAACAUUUAAAUUCCAAACAUAAAAAACAUAAAAUUCCAUAUUUAGUUAAAUGUGACAUAUAUCAAGAGGAACAUGUUGAUGAGCUCACAUCUAAAAAACAAGAUGAUUAUGUUCUUGAAAAAUUAUUUAACAAAUCAGGUGUAAAAGCAGCAAUGAAACAUGAUAAAAUAAUGGAAUCUUCAAAAUCUGAUUAUGUUAUUAUUGAAAAUGAAGCUAAAAAGUUAGCUAAAAAAGCAAUUGAAGAUCUUGAAGCUUCCCGUGCACAAUGCUGGGAACCCGGAUCUGGUAGAUUAAAUUGGACUGGUAACCAAGGAACAGUUAAACCUAAAUUAUUCCUCAAUAUGAAAACAAAAGAUGAAUCAAGUUCGUCAAUAUUGUCCUUAAUGAAAAAACGUAAUGGAUUUGUGGAAGCAACAGAACGUGAAAUGCAAAUGUUAAACAGCAUUAGACAAUAUAUGAUAGAGAACAAUCAAUGUGCCAAUACUGAUCAAAUAGUUGAAAAAUUCAAAAAUAAAUAUUCAUCCGAUGAUACUCCAUUAUUUAAAUCAUUGUUAAGCGAAGUUUGUACAUUUAGUAGGUGUCCUGAUAAAACUGGUGUUUGGAAAUUGAAACAGAAAUAUUGUUGACUUAUUAGAAUAAUAAUAUUAAAACAAAUCAUCUUAUAUCAAACAAAUACUUUUCCUUGGUUUUUUCCUUUUUCCUAUUUAAUUUUUACAGUACAUCUAUUAGUAUAAUUAU